AUGCAGGAAGCCGAAGAGGAUGACAUGACAUGCGGAGACCUGGGGAACGGGCUGGGGAGGAGACCCGGAGGUGUUUAUGCAGAGGAACAUUUACAGAACUCGUCUUCGUUUCGGCGUAGGAAGGGAUCCGGGAAGGUUUGCGGUUGUGUGUUGGCAGCCAGGAGAGGGGACGGGGCUGAUGCUGCUGCGGCGCGUCCCGCCCCGGCGCGGUCCCGCAAACAGCCCCGCGCUGGUCCCGCCCCGGACAGCAGCUCUGGUAAGAGCAACUCAUGUAAAUCUAAUACUGAAGUGUCAAAUGAAGAACUAAAGCAACAACUACAGGAAGCUCUAGAGGCAGUUGAAAUUUUGAAAGUUGAGCUUGAAGCAUCUCAAAGACAGCUUGAAGGAAAAGAUGAAGCCCUUCGAAUUCUGCAGAGCAUGGCAGUAUUUAAUAAAGCCACUAGUCAUACGAAAGCAAUGCUCCAAAAAACUGAGGAAGAAAAGAGAACCUUGGAAAAGGAAAUAAAUCUUUUGCAAUGGGAAAUUGAAUUUGAUCAGGAUAGAUUUAAAAACAUAGAAGACACGUGGACAGAAAAAUAUGACAGGAUAUAUUGUGAAAAUGCUGCUCUUAAGGAAGCACUGAAACUGAGAACAGAAGAAGUUAAAACUCUUAAAGCUGAAAAUGCAAUCCUGAAUCAGCAGUGCUUGGAAUUUCUUGCAAUGCUGGAUGUGGAACAGCAGAAGGUGGUUCAGGAAAACAUGUCUUUGAAUAAAAGUGACAUUACAGAUUUCACAGGUCUUGAACUGGCAGUUCUUGGAGCCUGCACCUGCAAUACUUCUGGGGGGCAACCCUGUCCCUGUGCUAAAACAGCAGCUGUGACUCGAAAGCAACUUCUUCAUCUCAAGCAGGAGAUUGAAAAUCUGAAGAAGAGUAAAGAUGAAGCUUAUGUAAUGGCAGAUGCCUUCAGAAUUGCAUUUGAGCAGCAGCUAAUGCAGAGGAAGGACCAAGCCCUGAGGCUUGCAGAAGUGAUCAAGAUCAAGAAGGAAACGAAAUUCAUGAACUGGAGACGGCUGAAAGAUGAUGGGCCCGUCGGUUUGCGCGGGGGCAGGAAGAACCUGGGCCAGGAGCUCUCCGGGCUGCUCCCCGCGGGCUGCGGACAGCUGGGAGAGCUGGACAAUCCCCGCGACAUCCUGAAGCUACUGAUCGAUCUGGUGAGCGACAAGGAGGAGGCCCUGGCGCACCAGAGGAAGGUGAGUUACAUGCUGGCCCGCGCCCUGCACAGCAAGGAG